UCUCCACCCUCUAUAAAUACUCAGACAAUUGCCUCCCCCCAUUCCCAUUCCAAUUCAACACUUACCUCUCUCUAGCUACCUCCUUCCUUGUCAUACAUACCUUCUAGCUAGUUUUUUUCUUCUCUUCCAAAUUUACCCUUCUUGUUUGCCUCUUGUGGGUUGUGUUACACAGGCAAUGGGGGAGAACCAUCGCGUCGCCGCAGAGGGGAAGAAGAUGGGAGGAGGCGGGGACGACCUCCCGAACUUCCUCUCGUCGGUGAGGCUCAAGUACGUGAAGCUGGGGUACCACUACCUGGUCACCCACUUCAUGUACUUGCUGCUGGUCCCGCUUCUGGCGGCGGUCCCGGCCCACCUCUCCACGCUCACAGCGGCCGACCUGGCCCAGCUGUGGGCCCACUUGAGGUUCAACCUCGUCACGGUCGUCGCGUGCUCCACGCUCGCCGUCUUCUUGGGGACGCUCUACUUCACGACGAGGCCGCGGAGGGUGUACAUGGUGGACUUUGCAUGCUACAAGCCCCCCAAGGAGGUCAUGUGCCCUAAAAGCACCUUCAUGGAGAGGUCAAAGCAAGCCAAUGUGUUCACAGAGGAGAACUUGUCCUUUCAGAAGAAGAUAUUGGAGAGGUCUGGUUUGGGUGAAAAGACAUAUUUCCCAGAGGCACUCCUUAGGGUUCCUGCAAACCCUUGCAUGGGGGAGGCAAGGAAGGAGGCUGAAAUGGUCAUGUUUGGUGCCAUUGAUGAGUUGCUGGGUAAGACUGGGGUUAAGGCUAAGGACAUUGGGAUACUUGUGGUUAACUGCAGUUUGUUUAACCCAACCCCAUCACUGUCUUCCAUGAUUGUUAACCACUACAAGCUUAGGGGAAACAUCCAAAGCUAUAACCUUGGUGGCAUGGGCUGCAGUGCUGGCCUCAUCUCAAUUCAUCUUGCCAAACAGCUCCUACAGGUGCACCCAAACUCCUAUGCCCUAGUAGUGAGCAUGGAGAACAUAACUCUCAAUUGGUACUUUGGAAACAACCGAUCAAUGCUAGUCUCAAACUGCAUAUUCCGGAUGGGCGGCGCCGCCGUCCUCCUCUCGAACCGCUCCUCAGACCGCCGGAGGUCAAAGUACCAGCUCAUCCACACCGUCCGGACCCACAAGGGCGCAGAUGACCGCAGCUACUCCUGCGUCUUCCAGGAGGAAGACGACAAGAAGCAGGUCGGCGUGGCACUCUCGAAAGACCUAAUGUCGGUGGCGGGAGAGGCACUGAAGACGAACAUCACGACGCUCGGCCCGCUCGUCCUCCCGAUGUCAGAGCAACUCCUCUUCUUCGCCACGCUCGUAGCGCGAAAGGUGUUGAAGAUGAAGAUCAAGCCCUACAUUCCGGACUUCAAGAUGGCGUUCGAGCACUUCUGCAUCCACGCAGGAGGCAGAGCGGUGCUCGACGAGCUCGAGAAGAACCUCGAGCUCAGCGAGUGGCACAUGGAGCCUUCUAGAAUGACGUUGUACCGGUUCGGGAACACGUCGAGUAGCUCGUUGUGGUACGAAUUGGCCUAUUCCGAGGCAAAGGGGAGGAUUAGAAAGGGGGACCGGACAUGGCAAAUCGCGUUCGGUUCGGGGUUCAAAUGUAACAGCGCGGUUUGGCGUGCGUUGAAGACCGUCGAUCCGGCCAAGAUCAAGAACCCUUGGAUGGAGGAGAUUCAUGAAUUCCCUGUCCAAGUCCCUAGAGUUGCAACCAUAAACUAACGCCUCAUUUAAUUAUAUUGGUUGAGAUUUAAAUAUAGCCUCUUUUGAUACAUUUGAAAAUUAAAUGAAACUGACAUAAAUUAUGUACAGAUUUGUUAAUUUUUACUUGUAUCAAAAAAAGUCAAGUAGACACCUAAAAGGUGAGAAAGGGAGAAUACAAUACCAACAUGUCUUAAAUUAAUUUGCUACUAUGUAUUGAUUGGCAUUUGUAUUUUAUAGGAGAAAGUUUGUUUAGUUCGGUGAUUGAACCGUUAUACGUACGUACCCCAAGUUGUUACAAAGAAGGCAAUAUUAAAAUUUAUACGUCCAA